AUGCCACUCCCAGCAGACGCCACAGAGACCUCGCACGAGCCCCUGAAGCUGCCGGAGGACGAGAUGGAGCUCGUGGCGGCGAGGCUGGACGUCGACCUGGGCCCCGUCGGCGGCAGCAGCACGAGGGGCCCCCACCGCGAGCGACUCAGGGCCCGGUCGCGCACCAACAAGUUCCUCAUCCACUCCUACCUGCGCGGCGGCGGGGGCGUGCUGGCCGAGGCGCUCAACCUGCACGCGGACGACCUGUUCUUCCUCUACCAGCCUCUCUACAAGCUCCAGGAGGAAGGGCCCGAAUAUGGCACGGAGGUCCUCAGCACCAAGAAGGCACCUCAGGCCCUAAAAUGGCUAAAUCACGCUUACAACUGCACAUUCGAAGGGCACGAGGACAUGAUACAUGCCCCUUACCUGUGGAAAUCUCACUCCAUCAGGAACACUUUCAGAAAAAAAUGCCAGGCGAAGAAGAUGUGGAUAACUCAGUGCCUCCAGGAAGCUUGCUCAGAUCGUCAACUCAGGGCCAUAUUCACUAUUCGUCUUGGCAUUGACCACAUCUCAGAACUGAUCAAGUUGUAUGGAGAGGAAUUCAAGGUUGUGGUGGUUAUCAGGGAUCCUCGGGCCAUUCUUAGUGCACGUCGAAGAGAAAAUUUAGGGCCUACACUGAAUACUCCUCUUACUUUUAGACAACAGGCUGCUUUGUUGUGUUCCAGUAUGGCAGCCGAUAUUACCCUGGCUAAUGAACUGACAGACCGAUACCCUGGCUCUGUUAUGAUACUUCAUUAUGAGCACCUGUUGACUGAGCCCCUUGAGGUGCUUACACACCUCUAUGAUUUCCUAGGUCUUAAUGCGACAUCCUCACAUUUGAACAAAGUGAUUCGCAUUCUGAAACUGGAUCGUCAACAAGAAGUGCUUAUCCAGGUGUUGAAGGCAUGGCAGGUUGAACUGACGCUGCGGGAAAGCAGGUCAGUGGACUACGGCUGUAGCCAUACCUAUGAGAAGCUAGGCUACUUCCCUGUGCCUAAAGCUAUUACAAACAAAGACAACUACUUUGUUUCAUGGGAUCAGGCAAGAAUGAAAGAACAUUAAAAUUAGAGGUCAACAUGUUCCUUAAUGUAUUGUUUCGGGUACUUUGUUUCUCUAUUUCUUCUUGUUUGAGUUUCUAUAUACUGGACAUCUAUGCUAAUUAAAUUUGUGUCAGUCAUUUCUUGUAAAUGUUCACCAAGGUUUUCACUAUACAUUCCUCCUGUGCUGUCAAAAUUGGUGUGUUGGUAAAUCUAAAACAUAGGAUGAAAAAAACACCAAAUGAGUAAGUAAAUAAAUAAAUAAAUAAAAUGUAUUAUAAACUGAUAUAUGAUAAAAAUAUUCUACAUAAAACUACAUAUCAUAUAAACAUUCAUAUCAUAUCUUAAGAUGCAUAUUUAUAAUGCUGUAAAUUAACUGCUUAAGAAAGUUUAUAUUGUAUAGGUUUUCACUGUUUACACCUUAAUAAACAAUGAAAUAUACAAUGCAGAGUGAAGUAUACAAAACCUCAGACUUAUAAUUUCAGAUUUUGUACUGUUAUCAAAAGGAAGAAAAAUAAACGUAAGACAUACAUCACUUAUUUAGAUAUAAACACAUGCAUACACAUACACACAUAUCUUAACAAAAGACAGUAUCUCAGUACACUAUCUGCUAAAAAUUGAUGAAGGUUCAAUUAUACUUUAGAAUUAUAGUUUGAUUAUGCAAUAGUUGAAGAAAAGAUGAAAAUGUAAGAAGCAAUGUGUUUACAAUGUGUGUUUGUUCCUGGGAGUGAUUAUCACAUGUGUUUGUGUUUUUGACAAUAAAGAGUCCUCCUAUC